AUGACCAACAUUUCAGCAAACGUUCGUAAUUAUUUCAAAAUAGAACUCUUAGUCGCGCGUUCAUGCCCCCUACUUCGUCAAUUAUUUAGAAAUCGCUAUGCUAUGUCCAACAAUGGUAAUGUAUGGGAUGAUUCGGCUGUUUGUGGAAAGAACUACUUGAUCAAUACCAUCAAAAAUAAUAAAAAGUUCACUUUUACAGCACUGCAGGAGGCAGCGAUUACCGCUGGAGAUUCCAAUAUAUGGNUUCGAAAUUAUUUCAAAAUAGAACUCUUAGUUGCGCGUUCAUGCCCUCUACUUCGUCAAUUAUUUAGAAAUCGCUAUGCCAUGUUCAACAACGGCAAUGAAUGGGAUGAUUCGGCUGUUUGUGGAAAGAACUACUUGAUCAAUACCAUCAAAAAUAAUAAAAAGUUCACUUUUACAGCACUGCAGGAGGCAGCGAUUACCGCUGGAGAUUCCAAUAUAUGGGAUUUUUCAAUGUUGGCAGCACUGCUAUUAAAUAUUGAUCGUCCAACAACACUCAGUAUUACUCAGGUGCAACAACUUGACAGUGAAGAUUCCCUACUGGCGAGCUUGCGAACUAUCCGGAAUGAGCUAGCUCAUAUUGCGUCGAAAUCGAUCACUGAUGCAGAGUUCAAUGAACUCUGGUCCAAGUUAUCGAAUAUAUUGGUAGCAUUCGGUGAUGUUCCAAGCGAAUUCAGUAAAUUAAAGGAUGAUAAUGUAUUCAGCAAAAGCCCCGAGCCGAUAAAUGAGGAGAACGUGAAGGAAGCACUACGAUUAAAUUCAUUAGCGACUCAAGCUCACAAGAAUGUGAAGUUCUCUAAUGCUAUUGCAUUAUUUACCGAAGCGAUCGCGUUACCGGAUGUUUCAGCUGAUAAUCGUGCGAUUUUCUACUCGAACAUAUCUGCUAGUCGUUUAGCAUUGCAUGAACAAAAGUCCGACAGCUCAAACAAGUCGGAAACGAAUGAUUUAACAGAUGAACGAUAUCGAGCUUUACAAGAAGCCAAAGAAGCUCGAAAGCUUUCGCCAAUAUGGUGGAAAGGGCAUUUUCGUGUUGGAAAAGCACACGCAGCUCUGAACGCCCACGAAAAAGCCAUUACUUCGUACGAACGCGCAUUAGCUCUUGAUCCAACAAACAGUCAAAUACAAAAUGCUUUAGCUGGAAGUCGACAGACAGUUUAUCGACAAUUACGAGAGGAACAUCUAGACCCAAGACUACAGCCGAAAACCAUGGUUGAACAGUUAAAUGAAAUACAAGAAAAAUUCGGUGGCGAUCCUCAGCAAGUGCGAUUAGGGCACGCUUUCAGUGAAAAGUAUGAUCAAGCGAUGGCGGACGUCGUCAGAGGACAUAAAUAUGAACACGGGGAUAUUGGCAUUAAACAAGAUUAUCAGCAAGCUGCCAAGUACUUUGCUAGAGCAGCAGAACAGGGAAAUGCUGAGGGAAUGUAUAACAUAGCUCGAUUGACUGAGCGUGGUUUAGGAGUGAAAGAAGAUCACGAUGUAGCUCUGAAAUGGUAUAAACAAGCAGCCACACAACCGCCGAAGCAUCCCAUAUACAAAGUUAUCCCAAAUCUCGGUGUAGUUGAAUCUGAGCAUGCUUUGGGACUCAAAUAUGCUGAUGGCGUUGGUGUUCAUAAAGAUCUAGCUAUUGCUGCGUACUGGUAUCAGCGUGCCGUAGAGCAUGGCAGCGCUCGAUCAGCCAAUAACUUGGCAUUAAUGUAUCAGAAAGGUGUUGGUGUUGAGAGAGAUUUAAAGAAAGCCGAAGAAUUAUUGCAGUUCUCAUCGAGAGGAGGUGAUCCAAAUGCUAUGUUGACUUUAGCCGAAUUACUGGUAGACAAAGGUGAUUUAAAAAUGGCAAAGAUUUGGUAUGCUCGAGCAUGCGAAGCCGGCAAUAUUGUUGCUCAAGCAAAUCGUGAGGUAUUUGAGCGAUCUUUGGAUAGAGCAAUAGAAUUCAUGGAUCACACACCGCCUGACGUGCUAAACAGAGUUGCACAGAUCAAGCAUUUAAUUAACUCUGUGAAACCACAAGGAAGUGUAUUUAAAUUAUCUGACAAUAAGUAUCCCUAUAUUUAUCAAUAUGAUACAUUGAAUGAGUAUGCAAAUCGUGGUUCAAUAACAGCCAAGAUAUUGUGUAAUGCUAUUGAUCAUUUUGCAGAGGUGUUAAAUAUAGUUAUGGAUUUUGAAAUGUUAACAGAAGAACAAGAAAAUCAAGUUGUAUAUGAGCUUUCCAAAUGUUUUCGCCUUGAACAUAUUGUUGCACAAUAUCCAAACAUGCAAAUAAAGGAAAAAGUGAUUGCUAUUGUUGACAGUGUGCUUGGCCGUUGUAAUCCACAAAUAUAUGUUAAAUCUGAACUUGAUGAAGGUGCUCGGAUAUGCUAUGCCGUAUUACAUAUGGAUUCUCGUGAAUCAGUUCUUGCUUUUCUUCAAUGCUGUAAAGAGAAAUAUCCCGGAUCAGCUAUCUUUUUCGAAUUAAGUGCGAACGUGUACGGUUGGAUGAAUAAAUACGAAAAUGCUCUAUACGAAGCUAAUGANGUGCUUGGCCGUUGUAAUCCACAAAUAUAUAUUAAAUCUCAACUUGAUGAAGGUGCUCGGAUAUGCUAUGCCGUAUUACAUAUGGAUUCUCAUGAAUCAGUUCUUGCUUUUCUUCAAUGCUGUAAAGAGAAAUAUCCCGGAUCAGCUAUCUUUUUCGAAUUAAGUGCGAACGUGUACGGUUGGAUGAAUAAAUACGAAAAUGCUCUAUACGAAGCUAAUGAAGGUCUACGGAUAGAUCCUAAUAGUUACAAGCUUAUAUAUCCUAGAGCAGUUGCAUUACGUCUGCUGGGUGCUGAUAUGAACGAAGCGAUCGAAGCAUAUAAAGUUUUCCUGGCGAUCGCUCCUAAGGAUCAUCGAAAGGUGCCGGAGUCUUAUUAUGCAAUGGCUAGUUGUUAUUUUGAACGUAAUAUGUCGGACUUGUCACCAGGUAAGCUAAUCACUUUUUCAUCACUCGAUAAUUGUAUGAAUAAUAUGAACUUGCAAUCGGUCUGUUCCAAUCUUUGGUCAUCUCUGGAAUCUAUAGAUGAACGUCUAAAUGGAACUAUUAAAGAAACUAAAGAAAUUUAUGAAAAAGGUGAAGAAGCUGAAAGGUUACAACUACCGUGCUUCUUACCUUACCACUCCAAUACUAAAGUAUUGCUUAAAGCUGCAUUUGACGCAAAAAAUCUAUUGAAAACAAAUACGUCCACUGAUGUUGACCACAGAAUACGUCUCACAGAUCGACAUCGAGUGGCAGUUAUUACAGAGCAUCGUCAAUGGGAAUCUACGUCAUUACAACUCCAGAGUGAUCCAUAUGGCUUUUUGUCAUUCAGUUACCUACCACGAACGAAACAGACGGCAGCCCAAUCGUUAGUUGGUUUGAAAUCGAUAUCUCUGAGCGAAAUGAACCCAACGAAAGAUCAUGUCUAUGAAGGAUAUGUUCUUUCCGUGAGAAUCAUUGAAGAAGCAUAUACCUGGAUUCCAUCGAUACAUCUCGUCGUUGAAGAUGAAAACCUAGAUUGCGAACGAUUGUUUAUAUACGGUUUUCCAAAGGAAGAAGGCAGAUAUUUAACGAGAAACCUAUAUUCAAUAGGUAGUAAAAUACAUAUUAUAAAUCCUUAUUUGCGAUUAGCAGCAGGUGAUUGGAAACCAUUAGUUCGCGUUGAUGACCUUGCAUCAAUCGUCAUGGAGGAAGAAUCGGCACGAGUAGUAAACAUGUGUCGAUGUUGUGGGCAAGCAAACGCAUUGCAUGUUUGUAGUAGAUGCAAACAAGCACGUUAUUGCACCAAAGAAUGUCAAACAAUGGAUUGGCAACUAUACAAACAUAAAUUGAUAUGUAUGAAAUCUGACUAG